CUGGUUGCACACAACAAGCAUGUUGAAUAGUUGAACAACUAUCAGCCAAAAACACAUCCAAAUUCUUAAAAUCUAACCCUAAACCCAACCUCAAGUGUGUGACUAACAAACUAUUCUUUGCUCAAUUUAUUUAUUCAACUCUAGCUACAUUUUUAUCAUAUUCAUUCCUCUGUUGAGAUCAAUAUCAAUUAUGAACGGGUUGUUUAAAGGGGAUCAAAUUGGUGAAGUAUCAAAAGAUGCAUCCACAAGCAACCGUUCAAAUUUUGAUCAAGAAGCCGGUACUUCAAAUUCACUCGAGAGAGGCCAAGAUGAAGACAUUGUAUUUAAAACUUCUUCAAUUUUAUCCUUCACUCUCCAAAUGGAGAAAACUCUUCUUAGAAUUCUUAUAGCAGAAAUGUUGGGGAGUUUUAUAGUAAUGUUCAGCAUAAGUGGCAUAAUAGCAAGCACACAAUUAAUGAGAGGUGUAGGCCUGCUUGAAUAUGCGGUCACAGCCGGAUUAGCGGUGAUCGUGGUGGUUUUUUCAAUUGGCCACAUUUCCGGCGCUCAUGUUAAUCCCGCAGUCACCAUAGCGUUUGCUACUGUUGGUCCAUUCCCAUGGAAAAGAGUUCCGUUGUAUAUUGUGGCUCAAGUAGUGGGUUUUACUCUGGCAACAUAUAUGGGAAUGUUGGUUUAUGUCAUUAAACCGGAGGUUAUGAUGACAAGUCCACUUUCAGGAUAUCGGGCCGCAUUCUGGGCAGAGUUCAUAGCAUCAUUCUUCGUGUUGUUUCUUACAGCUUCACUAGUUCAUGCACCUCCAUCCGUAACACAAUUUUCUGGAUUUAUUGUUGCAGUUGGCAUCGCGCUUGGAGUCCUAAUCACAGGGUUGUCAGUGACGGCGAAAUUAGGAUGCACUUUGAUAAGAUUAAUAACAGACCGAUGGUGUUAACAUGGGAGGUGAUAUUCGGACCACUUAUUUGGAUAAAUCUAUCACAACUGUGCAGUACUGACUUGUACAGUUAGUCGUAUAACUUGUACGAUGUGGUAGAUCUAUCAAAUAUAAUGGUACCAAUAUCACUUCCCUGUUAACAUGGCUUGGAGCCUUGGAUAAAUAAAUAAUAAGAAAAACUAGAAUUCGAAUGUGUGGUUGUUAACUUGUUAUUCUUGGCGAAAAAAGAAGAGAAGAUAAACUCGUGUUGAUUAGAUAAAUG